AAAAGAAGCUGACAAAGCAAUCAUCAGUAACUGUACGUCAGCGAAAGAGGUCCUCGCGGAGUCUGAAAAGGUCUACGAUCCGGAUUCACAGGGGUCAAAACAGGUCUUGAUGCGAAAGAUGUUCACAAUCCCCACACACAGCAACAGCAACCCCAUCGAGCACCUCUACUCACUCGAGCUGCUGUAUGCCCGCCUGCGCGAAAAGGGGCUCAAUGCUGAACAACCCUUCGUUCUCGCCCACUUCGUUGGUUCCCUCCCACCCGAGUGUCAACAAGCGAAGUUCCUGUUGGAGACAGCAACGGCGCUGGAUAGGGCCGAGAUCGUCAGGAUCGUGAGCACGGUGCACGUGAGCCUCCCGGAGGGGAGGAAGGCCUCGAGGGGCCAGCGUAGGGUGGAGCAUGCUCUCCUCCCGAGCGACGGUAGCAGCGGCGGCGGCGGCGGCGGCGGCGGCGGCAACCAGAAGGGGAGAGGGGGUGGCGCGAAGGCUGGUGGCGGCAGCGGAGGCGGCGACGAUGAUGCGGGUAGCAUGCGCGUUCGCUGUUUCCGGUGCGGCAAAGAGGGCCACCAGGUGGCCGACUGCACCGAGAGCAAGCCCGUGGGAUGUAAGACAUGCAAGGGCUACGGGCACGACAAGAGCAAGUGCCCGACCGAAGAGGCGGUGCUCGUGGUGGAAGUGCCGGCGGGGAGGGCGUCUGCGGACGCCACAGCACUGGACGUGGCAGAAGAAGCGCUGGUGGUCGGUGACAUCUCAGGCGAGUGUCACAAAGUCGUUGGUCGAGGGGGUGUAGAGCAGGCUAGGCGGGGUAGGUAUGUUGCCGAUACCGGCGCUACCACCCACAUGUUCGCGAACUCAGAUGGGUUCGUUCGUUACGAAGAGUGUGAUCGACGUGUGCGCGUCGCCGCCGGAGAAACCUUCCCUAUCGUAGGGUAUGGCGACGUGACGGUAACCCUUAGCUCGCGCGACGGUACAACCGACCUGUUGUUGAAACGGGUUGCACACGUCCCCCGACUAGACUACAACCUAGUAUCUCUCACUUCCCUCUUCGACGACGGGUUCGAAACCAAAACCCUCAACAAACACGAGUUGGAGUUGGAGAGAGGGGGGGGGGAGGUGGUGUACUUCCCCCGAUGCGGUAACCUGUACGUCCAAAACGGUUUCCGCACACACACCGAACGCGCCCGUGCCGCAAUUGCUCCUGGCAACGCGAAAGCGCCCAGCACCCCCGUUGACAUCAACGAUUUCCACUGCGCGCACGGCCACUCCCACGAGGUGCUGCUGAGGACCACGGCGAAGCAGCAGGGGACGACGCUGGUGGGCGAGCUCCGGGAGUGCCUGAGGUGCUCGGCGGCGAAGUGGCUUUCCAAGCCCAUCCCCAACAAAACGUGGACCCGAGCAGUUAAGAAACUGCAGCGAGUUUUCGUGGAUUUGAGUGGAAAAGCUAGGGUGCAGAGCUUGGGGGGAAAGUGGUACACUCUCAUUGUCAAGGAUGAUUACACAAGGUGGAACCGUGUAUAUUUCCUGAAGCACAGAUCAGACGCCGCUGAGGCAUUCGAGAGGGACCUUGCAGAAAACCGGGCAGACGGUACCCCGUCCGCUGCCAUUGUCGUGAGAUCCGACAACGGAGGAGAUUUUUUUUAGGGAGAGUUCGGCAAGGUGUGUCGGAAGUACUGCAUCAAACAGGACUUCACCCCCGCACACGGCCCUGAAUACAACGGUGUAGCUGAGAGAGCACUGGGUCUGAUCAAGGAUGCAGCACUAGCCGCCCGUAUCCAAGCGCCAACUCUUUACCCCGGAACACCGAACUACCCCUCC